AUGGAGAAUGAGUUUUCAAACCCAGAGCCCCAGGCUGCUGGAGGGGAAGACUCCAAGUCUGAAAAUGGGGAGAAUGCACCCAUUUACUGUGUUUGCCUCAAGCCCAAUAUCAACUGCGUUCCAAGAAAUUGUAAACGUUGUCAGUACUGCCUUCAGUACUGGGAAAAGGAAUCAAAGGUGGAGAUCCAAUAACCACACAAAGAACCCAUGCAGUCCACACCUGAGCUUGAAGGAGAAGUACCCAACCAAAAGAUCAAACGGUCAGCUCGGAUGUGUGGGGAGUGUGAGGCCUGCCGACGAACUGAAGAUUGUGGCCACUGUGACUUCUGCAGUGACAUGAAGAAAUUUGGGGGCCCCAAUAAAAUCCGACAAAAGUGCCGAAUGCGUCAGUGCCAUCUCCGAGCCCGGGAAUCCUUGAAGUAUUUCUCUUCCUCGGUGAGUCUGGCAUCACCUGCGCAGAAACGGCUUCGGGCACAGGAAGACCACUUGGAGAUGUCAGAGGAACCGCCAGAGGCCAUGGCCACACCUGACUGGCUCUCUGAUAACGCCCUGCUUCCCGACCCCGAGCUCUCUCAGGAAUCCUGUGCUGGAGCCUUUGAUGACCAUACCUUGCCAUGGUUGAGUGACUCUGAGGAUGCACCUUUCCUGGACCCAGGACCCAGACCCUUACUUUGGAAAGGUGCAGUCAAAGUGAAACAUGUCAAGAGGCAGAAGUCAGAGAAGAAGAAGAAGAAAUAUAAGCGUCACCUGCAGAAGCAGAAGCACAAGGACAAAUGGAAACACCCUGAACGUACAGACGCCAAGAACGCAGCCUCCUUGCCCCAGUGCUUGGGCCCCAGCUGUAUCCAGCCAGUCCAGCUCGGCUCCAAGUACUGCUCUGAUGACUGUGGCAUGAAGCUGGCUGCCGAUCGCAUCUAUGAUAUCCUACCCCAGCGAAUCCAGCAGUGGCGACAAAGCCCAUGUAUCGCGGAAGAACACGGGAAGAAACUUCUGAAGCAGAUCCACAAGAAGCAGCAGGAGGCUCAGAUGCGCCUGCAGGACGUGGAACGUCGCUUCCAGGAACUGGAGGCAGUUAUCCUCAUGGGCAAGCAACAGGUGUUGCGGGAGGACCAGGAGAGUAAUGAGAAAGACAGCGAGUUCAAGGACCCGCAGAUCUUCUGUGUCUCCUGUGGCCACCCUAUCAACUCCAAGGUGGCAUUGAAACACAUGGAGAGUUGCUAUUCCAAGUAUGAGAACCAGACAUCCUUCGGGUCAAUGUACCCCACCAAAAUUGAGGGCGCCACUCGACUCUUCUGUAAUGUUUACAACCCGCAGAGCAAAACAUAUUGCAAACGCCUUGAGGUCCUAUGCCCGGAGCACUCCAGAGACCCCAAGGUGCCAGCGGAUGAAGUGUGUGGCUGCCCCCUAGUACGGGACGUGUUUGAGCUGACAGGAGAAUUCUGCAGCCUGCCCAAACGACAGUGCCAUCAGCACUACUGCUGGGAGAAGCUUCAGAGGGCUGAGGUGGAUCUGGAACGUGUGCGACUGUGGUGCAAACUGGAUGAGCUGUCUGAGCAAGAGGGAAAGGUUCGAAUGGCCAUGAGCAACCGCGCGGGCCUGGUGGGCCUAAUGCUGCACCAGACCAUCCAGCAUGACCCCUUUACCACAGACCUGCGUACCAACACCGACUGA